UUAACAGGUACUUGGUUUUGGAGUUGGCGUAGUUUACUUUGGCAUGCCACUGGGAAUUCAAAACUUGUCGGUUGAUCUCUAUCUUGGUGUAACCCUCAAUGCUGUAAUGGAGAUUCCGGCAAUGUUGAUCUCCGUUUUCUUCAUCGGAAAAUGGCAGAGAAAGACUUCAUUGCUUGUGUUUAACACCCUAAGUGGUGUCUGCAGUGUACUGUGUGCCCUGGUAAGUGAUCGGUGGGAGGUUCUCUGAGUAAGUCUCGAGCUCUUAUCGUUUAUAGCUGCUUAUAUAGCCUUUGCGGUGUUGCUGAUAUUCACUUUGGAGAUGUUUCCGACCUGUGUUCGAAACUCCGCCUUGUCAAUUGUGAGGCAGGCGGUGACCAUCAGCGGCGUGAUAAGUCCUGCGCUAAUAGCUGCGGGAAAAAAUGUUGCUUUUAUGUCGUACGGAGUGUUUGGAUUGAUGAUUGGUUUUUGUGGGCUUUUUGUGGUUUGUUUGCCGGAGACGAAGGAUGAUGCUCUCUGUGAUACAAUGGAAGAGCAAGAGCAGAAGGAGAGUGGAGCGUCAACUAAUGGUGUAUAGCUGACUGUUUGUGAUCAUUGCAUGGAUGAUAUUCUC